AUGAUUCCAGCUACCGUCUCACAAUUAGUUAAUGACAAAUUCCAAGAAGCUCAAAAGAAUGAAAAUGUUGUCUUCAAGAAAUUAGAAUCAAAAAUUGUUAAGGAUUCUGAAAGUGGUAUGCGUUUUUUUGUAUCAUUAGUACCAAGUUUAAAUGAAAAACCAGAAUUUGGUCAAACUGAUGCUUCAAAGGAUCCAUUAGCUGAAAAUGAACCAGAAUUAUUAGUACUAGAUGAUCUGGAUGGUUCAGGUGCUUUAAAAUUAGUAUUAAAUAAAUUUCCAAUCACUGAAAAUCAUUCACUUUUAAUUACAAAUGAAUUUAAAGAUCAAAUGUCUGCUUUAUCUCCAGAAGAAUUGAUGACAAGUUAUAAAUUAAUUACAAAAAUGGAUAAUGAAGAUGAAAAUAAAAGACAUAUGAUUAUUUAUAACUCUGGUCCCCAAUCUGGUUCUUCUCAAAGUCAUAAACAUUUACAAUUGAUCGAAUUACCACAAAAAUUUAUUCCUUUCCAAGAUAUUUUAACUAAUGGUAAAGAUCAUUUCUUACCAAGUAUUAAGGAUGAACCAUUACAAGAUAAUAAAGUUUCUUUUGCUCAUUUUGUUUUACCAUUACCAGAAGAAUCUGAAGAAGUCACCGAAGAUCUUUUAGCUAUGUGUUAUUUCUCACUUUUACAAAGAACUUUAACUUUCUUUCAAGAUUGGUUAAAUGAAACUCCAGAUUUAAUUAAAAGUUAUAAUUUACUUUUAACUAAAAAAUGGAUUUGUUUAGUGCCACGUUCUAAUAUUAAAGCUAAAACCUUAGACGUUGGUUUCAACGCUUUAGGUUAUGCUGGUAUCUUAUUGAUUAAAGAAAAAGAAACCUUUGACAAAAUCGUUGAAACUCCAAAUGUGGUGAACGAUUUAUUAUUUGAAUGUGGUUUCCAAAACACUGCCGGUGUUAAACCUAAUGAAUACAACUACUAA